AUGGAGGUGAUGUACGAAUCGAGUUGGAACGACGUAGUCGAUUGGAAAACGGAUAACAAUAAAAAAUUAUAUACGAAUUACACGGAUUGGCUACAGGACAGUUCGGAUGGAUCGAACGCGGAUUCGGAUGGUUCGACCAUGAUCGAUCGCGGUACCGUGAGUUAUUACCAAAGUUACCCGAGUCAUUAUUAUUAUUAUUCAUCAUCAUCAUCAUCGUUUAAAAACGGGAAUGAAUCGAGGAGGGGUGAUGAACGAGUUAUUAGGACGAAUUACGGGAAAACUCUUGGAAAAGAGGGUAUGAAAAAAAUCGGAUAUGCUCGUCGGACGACAAACGAUAAAACAACGAUUAAAACGAAACAAAAGGCAAACAAAGAUGAUGAUAAUGAUGAUGAUGAUGAUGAUGAUUCGUGCGUUGAUGAUAUAUUAUUGUACGGGAAAAAAAAAUUAAUCGCGAGAAAUGGCGGACACGAUUUGGAACGUAAGGAAUUACCACCACCACCACCACCGCCACCCCCACGGAAAAUUAAAGAUGAUACAGAAUGCGAACAUUCCGAAAAUAAUAAUAAUAAUAAUAAGAAAGAAAUGGAAAAAUGGAAAGAGUGUAAAAAUUCAACUCAAAAACCAACGAUAAAAUAUUCUAAAUCUAUGAGAUCCCUCAAAGAUUUUCCGAUGGAAAACGGUGAAAAUCGAAUUAAUUUAAAACAUUCGAAAUCCAUGAGAUCUUUGAAAAACAAAGAUGGACACGGGAAAAAUCCAACGUCGGAAAAAUUCUCAACGAACACAAUAAGAAAAUUAUUAAAAAUACCAGAGAUAAUAAAAACAUCUUCCGGUAAUGUUAAAGACGAAGAUAAAAAUCCCGUUCACACGGUGAGAGGAAAAUCAUCAUUACUCAAAGGUUUCGAAAAUCCCGGAGGUCUUUUCACGGAUGAAAUCCUAACGGAUGUAAGGUUGUCGAAACUUUUAGUCAAUUCUAAACCUUUUCCAAUGGCGUCGCAAACGAGGGCGGCGAACGUUUUAAAAUCCACAGACGAAUACGAUAAUCGUACGAACGGGAUUAUUCAAAUUCCUAAAAUUAAAACGUACGGGAACGUCGACGCCGACGUCGUCGACGAAUACGACGAUGACGUCACGAUUAAUAAAUCCACCGAACGGGAUAUUAAUAAACGUUUGAUGGAUUUUUAUAAUAAAAACGAUAGAGAAGAAAAAUCGAUAUUUAAAACUUUAACAUUGAGAUUGAAAAAAAAAAUGAAUUCGAAAGGGGAUAAAUCCACGAAUUCGAUAAUCGAAUGUAAAAAAUCUGACGAAUACGUAAGAGCGGGAUUGUAUACGAAACAAACGGCAAAAUCAUCCGAAAGGCAAAAUUGUUACGUACGCGAUAAUGAUAAUGAUGAUAACAACGUGCCAUCGAAUGAAUCCCUUCCUAAGGAUUCAGAUUUUACAAUACCUAGACCUAAACUCAUAGUUCCCGUUCAUACGUACGGUAUAAGAAAAAGAAGAACCGGAAAUAUGAUGUAUUCGAUAAGGACAAGAAGUGACGACACGAAUCUAAUAUCACCACCACCACCACCAACAACAUCACCACCAUCACCACCUUCUUCCGGUGAUGUGAAAAAAACUCAUCACACAUCUUGUCCAGGAGGAGGAGGUGGAGGUGAAGGUGAAGGAGGUGAAAAGGGUGGGUUGGAAAUGAGAUGCCGUAGCAGUAAAAAAUUUAAAAAUUUGACCCUGAACUUUUAA